AAUGGGAAUAGGAUUAAUUUCUUCCUGCGCCUUCUUCUUCGCUCCAUUAUUCUUUGUUUUUGGCGUUCUGCCCUCACCUUUCUCUCUCUGCACUCCUCCGGCACUGUUCACCUCCUUAUCUCCUACGCGCAUAGAUAGGGAAUAUUUACACUGACAUUGUUACAGUGAUCAAUGGCGACUGAUCCGAUUCUCCCUUCAGAAAUUCCGGCGUCAGUCGUUUACUCGUCGUCUUCAUCUGCAACUUCCGCCGCAGAAGAAGACGGCUUCGAAGACGGAUGCAGCAUUUGUCUCGAGCCGUUCAGUUCUAAUGAUCCUCCUACUGUCACCAAAUGUAAACAUGAAUAUCACCUGCAGUGUAUACUCGAGUGGUCUCAGAGAAGCCAAGAAUGUCCUAUUUGUUCAAGGAAAGUUGUACUAGAAGAACCUGCAAGCCAAGAUCUGUUGGUUGUAGUGGAGAGUGAAAAUAAUGCAAGGUCAAGGUACAGUUUGCACUAUGCCCCUGAAAUUCAUGAAAGUGACAGUAUGGAUUAUGCGGAUGGUUCUGAUUUUGAAGAGAGGAUAAUGCGACGUUUUGCUGCACUUACCAGCAGAGCUCGAUCCAUUAAUAGAAUGAUAAGAAUGACGUCUUCAGGGGUGGUUCUUCCUUCUGCACCCACUGAAGCUGGUUCAGAUCUGCAUCACAUAACAGACUACCCAGAAGAGUCUCAAGGAAGAGUUCAUGAAUUUCUUGGGAGUGGUCUACCUCCUUCUAGAACAACAUCUAGCAGCAUUGGCCAAACCACAUCAUUGUCAACCUUUCCAUCUUUAUCAAAUGUAGCCCCUGCUCCUGCAGCAGGUGGAGAUGAUUCAACUAAUCAAUGUGAAUUUCCUGAGAGUCCUCAAAGGUCAAGUUCAUCUGAGUUGCUUGCAUUCUCAGAGUCCAUAAAAUAUAAACUCUCUGCUGCUUCAUCCAGGUAUAAGGAAACAUUCUCUAAAAGUACAAGAGGGUUCAAGGAAAAAUUACUAGCUCGGAAUACAACUGUGAAGGAACUUGGCAAAGAAGUACAACGGGAGAUGAGUGCAGGUAUUGCUGGUGUAGCCAGAAUGAUUGAGAGACUCGAUCUUAGCUCAAAACGCUCUCCUACUGCUUCUGAUCCUUUGUCCAGCAACACAGAAGAGGGGAAUGCAGCUUCUCAAUAUCAUGAUGAUGGUAAUAAUCAGGAAUCUACUAGCAAAAUGGUUUCUAAUGUAACCCCUUUACUCUGCUCCAACAAUUCCAGACUGAACUGAUGAUUCUAUUCAACAGGGGAGAAAAGUGGUUCAGUUCCGAAGGAAAAGAUGGGUGGUGAGAAUGGUGUUCUUGAUGAGUUAUAUGCAAAAACUUGCAAGUGACUGAAGCAAUCAAUUCCAACGAUUCUGCGAGGCAGGCAUUUGAUUUGCGUCCUGCAAUGAGUUGCUCACACACUGGAUAGUGAAACCACACACUGUAACUGCAUUACUUUCUUUGUUUACUUGACUAACCUAAUCUGAAUCUAAAUCUGAAUCCAUUAUCUUAAUGGAGGCAGGGGUUUAGACUAUUUAUUUAUUAUCAUAAUGGAGGGGUUUAAGGUUUGCACAAUAAUAAUACCAUAUGCUUAACACUUUAAUAGUCUCUUUCUCUGUAAACUAAUUUUAAUCGCCAUAAUACACUCAAAUUCAUCGCG